AUGACAGCCAGCAUCGCGACUUCGAGGAUCCGCAUGCACUCUUUGAGCUCCGAUGCAUUGAAUGUCUCGAAGGCCGUGACCUCGAUCCCCUCCAAUCGCUCCAAUCUGACCUCGGACUCGCGGGGACGCAGAGCUGGGGCCAAGCUUAGCAGGCAUCGCACGAACGAAGAGAUCUCUUCGUGCCGAUCAUGGCUGCGCGACUUGGAGGAGUCGUUGCCAUUUCAGGGUCUUGUUGUGCUGGUGGUUCUUGUAGAUAUUGUGGUAUCGCUGUUUUAUUUGAGCAGAAGCUCGCAGACGCAGGCACCCCUGUGGUUCGAAAUCGCCAUUCUGGCGAUCCUCUGGCUGGACAUCAUCAGCCGGAUCAUCGCGCACGGCCGGAACUUUUUCUUCGGCAUCGGCCGCACGAUGAAUGUCUUCGAGCUCUGCGUCGUUGUGUUCUGCUCGCUCGUUGCCUACCUCGAGCAGCACGCGGGUGAAGUUGUCCCCACGGGCUGGCUGCGCGUGCUCGGCCGCAUGGCACGCUUUUUUCGCACGUGCGUCAAGGCCCACCAGCAGAAGAACCGGCUGCUGAAGGCCGCGCAGCGAGAGAUGCAGACAAGGGCCUUCCAAGUCUUGCAGAAGGUGCUCGGCGACCUCGUCAAGGUCUCGGAGGAAGAUCUCAUCUUGGACCCGCUCCAGGGCUUCCUGCGCCUGCGCGACGCGGAGUGGCUUGGGCGGCCGGAGGCGUCUCUCUGCGCCCACUAG